AUGCCCCGUCGACAACGGACAGCCUAUAACAGUCUCCAAAUAAUGCAGCUCGAGAAAGAGUUUAAAGUAAAUCAUUAUCUAGAUAGACAGCGAAGAGAAGAUUUGGCGAAAAGUAUAGGUCUUGUCGAACGACAAGUCGAAGUUUGGUUCCAAAAUCGUAGAAUGAAAGAAAAGAAGCGGCACAGAGAUUCAACUGGCCCACCAUCACAUGCAGACUCCGACAGUGCACCAUCUCCAGCAUCUUCUUCCAGAUCAGAUCCGAGUCCUGGUCCUCCUGGUAUCACCUCCAGGGUCAAUUAUGCAGAGCAGCAUAGUCUGAUGGUGAACGCCCUGGCGUCUGCCAUGUAUGCAGCUAAACGUCCAGAAGUUAUCCCAAAUUUGGCAGCUCAGCAAAAGCAGCUGACGCAGCAGCUAAAACAUAUAUAUAGCCAAGGCGGCGCUGGUUUUUAUAGACAGAUCGAUGAUCUGGACCAGGAUGAAUCGAAUAAGAGAUCAGAUGAGGGAAAAGAUGCAACGCAGAAUGCGCAGGAUAAAAUGCCCUGGAAUACCAGGUUUCCUGAUUUGUAA